AUAUUUAUAUCGUAAAUGUUAUUAAAAUAUCGUAGUUUGUUAUGAAAUCAGUGUGCGAAAAUUGGCGACUCUACGAAUAACGUUUGUUUAUAAUUGUUUACUUAAUUUGCAACAAGUGAAGCUCGUGCACUUUAUUACUCCUAACUGAAACUUUUCCUAUUCGUGAGAUAAUUAGCCGCUUUUAUUGGUACAUGUUUAUUAGUUUAUAAUAGCUUUCCAAUGUCGGAAAUUGUAUUCGCCGUUUUAACAAUUAGUGACACCUGCCAUCAAGAUUCCUCUAAAGAUCGAAGUGGGCCUCGAUUAGUACAGUUGCUUAAGGAUAGCUUUGCUAAGCCUCUUGUUUUCAAAGAAAUUAUACCUGAUGAUCGCGACCUUAUUGAAAACAGGUUAAGGCAGUUAAGUCGUGAGGAUGUUGGUAUAUCUGCCAUUUUUACGACUGGUGGUACUGGUUUUGCGCCUCGUGAUGUUACUCCAGAAGCCACGAAACAAGUUUUGGAUAAAGAUUGCUCACAAUUAAGUAUGGCUAUCGCUUUACAUUCCUUAGAGAAAACCAAAUUUGCUGCUUUAUCUCGCGGUGUUUGUGGUAUAGCAGGCAAAACAUUAAUAUUAAAUUUUCCCGGUAGUGAGAAGGCUGUAGUCGAGUGUUUUGAGUAUGUUAAAGAUUUGUUGCCACAUGCACUGCAUCUUCUGAAUAAUGAUUCAGCGUUGGUGCUGCAAACACAUAAAGAUUUACAAGAGGACCAAGGUGUUCAUCUGCACCAUUCGUGUCCACAUAAAACUAACACAGGUGCGGAUGCGGACCGUAAUUCCCCUUUCCCUAUGAUACAAGUUAAUGACGCUCUGCAUAUCAUUAUGAAAACCAUACGACCACAAAAGAAUCUCAAAAAAUUUUUACUCGAAUUUGAAUCUCCAGUCGACAUACCGCCGUUUAAAGCAUCCAUUAAAGACGGUUAUGCAAUGAAAUCGUCAGGUUUUUCGGGUUCAAAGAAGGUCCUCGGUUAUAUAGCAGCGGGUGAUCCAAUUUUUGCUACAGAUCUGGAAGAAGACGAAUGUUUUAAAAUCAACACCGGUGCUCCUUUACCUGAGCACACUGAUUGCGUCAUACAAGUGGAAGAUACUAAAUUGUUGAGAUGUAAAAAAGAUGGUAGUGAAGAUUUGGUGGAAAUUUUAGUAGAGCCUAAAAAAGAUUUAGAUGUCCGCUCAAGUGGUUACGAUUUGGCAAAAAACUCCAAAUUAUUCCCUUCGUUGGACUUUUCGCCGGUGGUAAUAAAUUCACUACUGGCUUCUGUUGGAGAGUCCACACUCUUAACUAAGCCUUCAAUAGCUGUGAUCUCAACAGGCAAUGAACUCUUAAGUCCACAACAACCAGCACAAUCAAAUAAAAUCUAUGAUUCGAAUACUACUUUACUACAAGAAUUACUGCAAUACUUCAAUUUUCCAGCUCAAAUAACUCAAGUGCUUAGUGAUGAUUUCGAUGAAGUGUUUGAGACUCUUGCUCAGAUGUUUAAAAAAGUCGAUUUUAUUAUCAGCAGUGGCGGCGUUUCAAUGGGCGACAAGGAUUAUAUUAAACCAGUUUUAGCAAAAUUGGGCUUUCAAAUACAUGUUGGACGUGUGAACAUGAAACCGGGUAAACCAAUGACUUUUGCUUCGAAAGAAUCGAAAUACUUUUUUGGCCUGCCCGGCAAUCCAGUAUCAGCAUUUGCUACUUUUCAUUUAUUUGUUUUGCCAGCUUUACGUUGGUUUAAUGGUUGGCCUUACGGAAAGUGCAUGUUGCCGAUUAUAGAAGUGAUCUUAGACAAUGAUAAACUUUCAUUGGAUCCUAGGCCGGAAUAUAUGCGGGCCAGCAUAACUAGUAAAAGUGGUCGACUUCAUGCUUCAAUAACCGGUAAUCAGAUAAGCAGCCGUUUGCAGAGUAUUGUUGGAGCCGAUGUACUCGUGCACCUGCCAGCACACGCAGAGGAUAAACCGGACGCCAAAAAGGGUGAUAUUUUACUAGCGAGCGUGUUGCGUUACGAUUUUAUAACCAAAUAUGAAUGAAAAAAAAAAUGGAAAGCAAGCAGUAGCACAGCAAUAGCAAUAACAAUUGAAAUAACUAUAUUGAGUAUAAUUGGAAUUUUGAUUAGUUAUUUUGUUUGUUUUUAUUCACUUGUUAAUGUAGAAAAGAAAUUAAAUUUCUUUAACCCAAAAAAAGCUUAUACUUAUUUAAUAGUUUUUAAAUGUAUAAAACUCCUUUAGUUGGCCAUUAUUCAUUGCUUGAUACCGAAUAAACAUAUAUAUAUAUAUAUAUAUAUAUGUUUAAGAAAGUGAACAUAUGACUCGGAAAAUGUUGGAUUUUUGUUCAGAAAAACGAAUUUGUUACAAAAACAAAAAAAUAAAACCUUUCUUCUCUUUUUCUCUUCUUUUCGAGGAGCGCUUCGCCCCUAUAAUCUUAGUAAAAUUUCCUAUAUGUCUUAGACAUUUCAUUUCUUUGCUGACCAACGGGAGUAUAUAAUUUGUUUGCAAUCUUUUUACAUACAUUAAAAAUAAAAAUCGCAAUUUUUCUUGCUAUGUUUUUUUACAUAAAGCGUACAUUACUAUUUUGACUUUGUGAUCGGAAUUCGACAGAGUAGCGCUGUUUGCAUUUUAAUUAAAUAGGAUAAACAAUUUUUGAUAUUUCCUUUAAUAAGCUUAUGAAUAUGGUCUGCAAUGCUUUAUGUAUGUAUAGCAUCAACGAUUGAAUAAAAAUAAGAAACAUUUGUGAUAUUAUGUAAAAAACAAACGCUUUUUUUUUUUUUUUUUUUUU